CCGACCAAACCAAAACUUACACGGAAGAGUUUCAGGGAGCUACACUGGAAAAGAAAUUAGAGGGAAAAAAUACGUUUUUAUUAACUCCACUGAGGAUCUGUUUUGCAGAGGAGAGAUCUUUUUGGUGUUGGAGGUCGCCAUGAAAAGCUUGGAUCUGUUCCUGCUGGCAUGUUGUUUUUGCAGCCUGAGCACAUUGGGAGGUCAGAUCCUGGCGGGGCCACAGCUACGCCAAACGUGAUGAAUGCUGCAUCACCAGAACUGCUGAUUAUAAAUGUGUCUAACCUUCCAACACUGAGGAAAAUGUGCGUCUGAUGUGGAGAAGACUCUGAUGAAGGAGCUCUUUACCGGCUACAACCUGAAAGUGCGGCCCGCCUCCAGCCCUGAAGAGAGGGUGGUAGUUCGUGUGGGUAUGGUGCUCUCCUCCUUUGGUGGACUGAAUAUGAAGAAUGAAGAAAUGACCACAGUUGUUAUCAUGAACCUGGAAUGGACAGAUCAUCGGUUGUCAUGGAACCCCAAGGAGAGAGACGGGAUUGAGGUGAUGCGUAUCCCCUCUGUGAAGGUCUGGCUGCCUGACAUCGUCCUCUUCAAUAACAAUGAUGGGGUGUUUAAUGUGGCCCUGCAAGUCAGUGUCCAGGCUUAUCAUAACGGCAGAGUAACCUGGACUCCACCUGCACUCUACUGCAGCUCUUGUGGAGUUAAGGUGACAUAUUUCCCGUUUGACUGGCAGAACUGCACCAUGCAGUUCCGCUCCUACACGUACGACUCAUCGGAGAUCGACGUGCAGUAUGCACUGGACGCAAAAGGCAACGAGAUCAAGGAGAUCCAACUGGAUGAAGCUUAUACUGAGGGUGGCGAGUGGCACAUCACACACAAGCCGUGCAGGAAGAACAUGAACGAUGAUCUAUAUGAGGACAUGACCUUCUACCUCAUCAUCGAGAGGAAGCCUCUGUACUACGUCUUCAACAUCAUCCUCCCCUGCAUCCUCAUCACCAUCAUCGCCAUCUUUAACUUCUACCUGCCUCCUGACGCAGGAGAGAAGAUGGGUCUGUCGAUCAACGUGCUGCUCACCCUCACCGUGUUCCUGCUGCUGCUGGCUGAUAAGAUCCCUGAGACAUCGCUGGGUGUCCCCAUCAUUGUCAACUACAUCAUGUUCACCAUGAUCCUGGUCACAUUUUCUGUCAUCCUCAGUGUGGUCGUCCUAAACCUGCACCACCGCUCAGCCAACACCCACGUGAUGCCGAUGUGGGUCCGUAAGAUCUUCAUCCACAUGCUGCCUCCUUACCUGGGCAUGCUGCGGCCAAAAGUAGAGACACCCCUGUCCCUGGAGACCAUCCCCCGCCGAGAGAAAAAGAUGGUCGCCAUCAGCAAGGUGGCUGAUGAGUACUUCAUCCGCAAGCCCGACUCCUCCAUCUUGUUCCCCAAGCCCAACAGGUUUCAGCCGGAGGGUAUGUGUACGGAUAUGAGAAAGUUCAUUGACGGCCCCAGCAGCUACUUGACACUACCAGACGAGCUGAAGACGGCCAUAGACGCCAUCAAUUAUAUCGCUGAGGCUCUGCAGGCGGAGAAGGACGAUGAAGCUAUGAAGGAGGACUGGCAGUACGUGGCCAUGGUGGUGGACCGCAUGUUCCUGUGGAUCUUCGUCGUCUUCACCACUGUGGGCACCUUGGCCAUCUUCGCUGAUGCCAGCUUCAACCACACACCCACCGACCCCUUCAAAGCUCCCUGAAGCAGCGGGACAUUUGAACUAUAACCAUCCUGAUUUAGCACCUCAACAAAUAUGGAAGAGGAAACCACUGUAUUAAACUGGCAAAUUAUUAUUUGGGUGUAGUACACCAUCAGCCAACAAUGUAGAAACUCUCAUAUGUACUCCAGGUAAGAAACGUGUCCAGCACAUCUCACAUGUUUUCCAAUUUACUGUACUGUCUCUGACCGGCAUCCAAAAUGAUUUCAAAAUGUACAUUUGCCUUUAGUGUAGACAGUGUCGAAUGUUGAAAAACAUCUUGACAAUAUUCCAUAUUGUGACAAACUAUACUUUCUAGAUACAACAUUGUCAUACUUGGCCAUAUAGAAGGCAAACAGCGGGAUUUCAAACUUAUAAGUCUUGGAACCCGUAAAGCACAAGUCAUGUGCAACCAGUUCUCGACCCUUAGCUGUUCCACUGCUUCAAAGUUGACAAAACUUGACAAAUCAGGUAAAAUUUGGGCAAAAUAAAGCAUGAACAGAAAAGCAUGUAUCUUUAUUAUCUACCUACACGUAGAAGUUGGCCUGGGAAUUGUCAGAUUCUAAUUCCAGUGAGGUUUUGUCUGCAUUCAACCUCAAUUUGCAAGUAAAUGCAGAUGAAUGAACAUCUUAAGGUUUCUCGGCUGAAUGAUCAACUGUGUUCAAGAGCGUCUCGGCCUCAGUAUUGCUGCCUUAAUCACAUAAAAAUGUGUUGCUGCCAGUAAUUAUUUGGACUUUUAUGUCUUGACAUGGAUCAUUUAAAAUAGUUAAAACUGCAUUAUGUGUGCAAGGGCAUUUUUGAUAAUUGCGACCUAGCCAAUGAUAGCGUACCCCAUAUGUGUAUUGAAUGAAUCUAAGUUACUGGUGUGCUUUUGUUAGUGUAUUAGUUACAGUAGGACUCCAGGUCUGAAGAGUGUGGAAUGGAUCCAGACUUGGAUAUUCAUGUAGUGUUCACACAUAAACACCAAGACAAACCAGAUGCUAUAAUGAGCAAGCUGUAUGCCUUUCAUUUCCCUGUGUCAGAAUGUGCUGGAGUGUGGCACAUGCUUUGUGGAUAUUUCCGCAACCAUGGUAAUCCUCUUUGUAUUUUCGGCACUAGCGUAUGUGUGCGUUUUGCAUGGAGGCUAUUCCUAUGUCGGCGUGCGGAGCAGCGGGCCAACUCAAUUCACCAGCUGCACCAAUAGCCUGUGGAAUCCCCAUUAUAUAAGAAACCUGUGCCUCCCAAUAUCUAGCAGACAUACACACCACACAUCUGUUUUUCUUUCACGUCACAUAAACACUCACCUGCCCUUUUAAUCUUGUGUUUCAUGUUUUUUUUAAUAAAGAUCUGAAGGGAA